AUGAGUGGUCUGAUAAAAAGUUUCGUCAAUACGACUUUUAAAACGAUUUCUCAAUUAAAUUACGUUCCCGUAAGGCAUAGAUAUUACGCGGAAAAAAUUGCCAAAGGACCAACCGUAUCAAAGUUUGGUUACAAAGACAAAGUAGAGAGAAGAGGUUUGUUGGGAAGAUUGAAAUAUUCCGAUAAAGUACACGGAAUGACGUAUAAACCGGGGAAUUCCUGGACGAAAGAAAAGGCUACUUUCGGACAAAACGAUUAUAUAGAUAUAUUAGGAGAUUUUAAAUUAAAAUCCUUUCAAGUAAAGUACGACGUACCCAAAUGGUUGAGAGGUGUUAAAGGAAACGAAUUUCAACUUUUAACGUUGAAAAAAAAAGUUUAUCAGGGUACGAAAUUCCAACAUGAAUUCCCUGAAAAAUGGACGUCGCUUAACAAAAGAAUUAAUUACCUUUAUAAAUAUUUAAAUAAGAGAACGCCGACAAAAUUUUCAAAUAAGUAA